CGCCCUUUUGUUUUGAAAGAGGGAAAUUUAAAUUUCUACGGCUAAUCAGAAGUAAACACAAACAGCCGGAAUAAAUCCUCGCGAAAACGACACGAAAAUGUCCGCAGUCUGACAUUUGUCACCCCUGAAUGUAAAGGUCGCAUCACACCAACAUGAAGAAGAAAGCGAGGAUGACGCAUGUCGCAGGAGCCGGCAGCAACAAGGAGGAGUGCUGUGCGCUCUGCAGGCUCAGCGAUGAUGACCCGGUCAUGUUUGGGGAGAAAGUCACUCUCAAGGAGCACAAAUUCUCUGUCCACUACUUCUGUUUGCUGACGUCUUGUGGAGUUUACCAGCGUGGAGAAGAGGGCGAGGGCGUCUUUGGUUUCCUGGUGGACGACAUCAAACAGGAGUGCCGCCGGUCGGCUCGACUGACGUGUAGCUUCUGUAAGGGGAAGGGAGCGUGUGUCGGCUGCUACGUCAGAAGCUGCAGGAAGGUGGCUCACUUUCCCUGCGCCAGGAAAAACCAGUUCGUCUCUCAGUUCACUGGACUCUUCCCGUCGUACUGUCCGGAUCACAGUCCCACUCAGUCUCUAUGUGUGAGUUCAGACCUCAGUCUGCCUCAGUCCUGCUCCAUCUGUUUGGACUCCAUCGAUCCCGUCCUCAGCUACUCCGUCCUCAAAUGUCCGUCCUGCCACGCCAGCUGGUUCCACAGGGACUGUGUGCAGCAUCAGGCCCACAACGCUGGCCUCUUCUUCUUCAGAUGUACUCUCUGUAACAACAAGGAGAGCUUCCAGGAGGAGAUGCUGAGGAUGGGAAUCUACAUCCCAGAGAGAGAUGCCUCAUGGGAGUUGGAGGCAAACGCUUAUUCAGAGCUGCUGGAGGUUUACAGUCGCUGUGAUGCUCUCAACUGCGUCUGCAACGACGGACGGAUGCACUCUGCCAAGAGCGGCUGGUUUGAGGUGAUUCGCUGCCGGCUGUGUGGCUCCAGAGGGACUCACAGGAAAUGUUCGGGGCUGAAGGUGGACACCAGGGACUGGGCCUGCAACGACUGCACGCAGGCUACUGACGGGAAAGCCUCCCUCGUUGCGUCUCCUCAGGGAGGUCAGAGGAGGAGUCUGCUGUCCAAACGCUACCUGUCACCCAUCCGCUCCUCCAUCAGCUGUAAGAGACCGUCGUUACCUGUUAGAUCUGAAUCACCUGAGGAGAUCCUGCAGGCGUUGCGCCCUCAGCUCCGUCCCGACAGUGUGCAGGUGGAGGUGGACGGGGAUCAGGCUCUGUCUGCGGGUUUAGAGCUGGUGAGGAGGGCCGACUUUGACCCCACACACACUCUGUCUGUCAGGUUUAACGAUGACCAGCAGACCACAUUUCCCAGCAGCCUCCAGGACAGUGACACAGCCAGGCAGUACUUCCUGAAGCUGCUGGUGCAGCAGAUCCAGGACUGUGUAGUGUUUGAGGGUCCAGAUGGAUCCAAAAACAUGGCGCUGGACUCUCAGGCUCUGAGAGAGGACCUGUACUUUGACGUCGGCUGCCUGCUGGCUCUGUCUCUGGCUCACGGCGGCCCUCCUGUCGGCUUCUUCUCUCGCGCUCUCUACCAGUGUCUGUUCAACUACCCAGCCAACCGGCCGCUCGCCAUCACUCACAUGACCCCCGACACGCACUUCACCCACAGAGUCAGCAGGAUCGCAGAGGCGCAGUCUUUAGACGACCUGAGAGGAGUGAUGGCGGCGAGCUGGGAGUACCUGGAGCUGGCUGGCUGCAACCGACCAAUCAGCAGCCUGGAGGAGAGAGAGGCUCUGGUGGAGGAUCUGGUCAGCUUCACUAUGAUCACCAGGAUGCAGCUGCCACUGCAGAGGUUUCGGGAGGGCCUGCAGACUCUGGGCGUCUUCGAUCAGGUUCAGCUCUUCCCGUCGUUGUUCUGCGGUGUUUUCUGUGAGGCGGCGGAUCGGCUCACGGCUCAGACGGUCGGUCAGAUCUUCACCGUGAACUUCUCUCAGCAGGAGGAGAGACUGAGCAGAGAGACACCCGUCAUCAGCUUCUGGAGACACUUCCUGCGGGAGUGUGAAGUUGGGAGGAGCUCCAUCUCCCUGCAGGACCUUCUUCAUUUUGCCACAGGAGCUGAGGAGCUCCCUGCAGCCGGCCUUCUCCCUUCUCCCUCCAUCUCCUUCCUCCACCCUGUAGAGGAGAGAGAAGAAGAGAGGGAGGGAGUCAGAACAAGGAGGGACGAGGGGCUCUUUCCUCAGUGUGUGCCCAGCUCCAGACACCUCCUCCUGCCUGUUUCCUCCUCAUACCAGGCCUUCAAAAGCUCCAUGGAGCAGGCUGUCAGCCACCAUGUGCACCUCCUCCCCACAGAGAGUUAGUGCAGGAGGAGGAGGAGGAGGAGGAGGAGGAGGAGAGGUGUUUUAGAGAUUGUGGCUGCCUGUUAAUCUUUCUGUUCUCAUGCAGCACAUUUACAGUUUAAAGCUUUUCUCAUCUUACUCACUAAUGAAGCUGAAAGCGGCCAAAGCAAACCUCAUCCCUUUUAAAGGUCCAGUGUGAAGGAUUCAGGGGGAUUUAUUGGCAGAAAUAUAAUAAGUAUGUUUUCUUUAGUGUAUAAUCACCUGAAAAUAAGGAUUGUUGUGUUUUUGUUACCUUAGAAUGAGCCGUUUAUAUCUACAUAAGGAGCAGGUCCUCAUCUACCGAGUCUGCCGUGUUGCACUGCCAUGAUUCUUCUAAGGUUGGGCGUGAGUGCUUGUUUGGACGUCAGUAUUCGCUCAAAGUAUAGAAUACUAGCUGCCGCCCCUCCCACAUUUGAACAUGACUUUUAUAUACAUAUAUAUUUUAGUAUUUAAAAUGGGUAUGAACUUAUUUUAAUGUAGAGCUGCGAGCAGUGUUUUGCUUCGCUCAGCGUCUCUUUGCCCCGCUAUCGCUCUCUCUCUGACUCUGGUGAGAGUCUGCCUGCACACACACACACACACGUGCACACACACACACAGAAUGUCAGGGCUGAAGGCUGAUUUAUACUUGUGCAUCAGCUCUAUGCAGAGCCUACGCCAUUAUGAGCAUUUAUACUGCAGUGGUGUGUCUGUGUCACUCUGCAGUUACACCUCCAAAACACUAGUCGGCGACACAGGUUUCUGUGAAGUGCACACACAAUAAACACACAAACACACAUUAAACACGCAUUAAACACAAACACACAUUAAACACACAUUAAACACACAUUUAACACGCAUUAAACACACAAACACACAUUAAACACAAAUAUUAAACACGCAUUAAACACAUUUAACGCGCAUUAAACACACAAACACACAUUAAACAAACAUUAAACACAAACAUUAAACACACAUUUAACACACAUUAAACACACAAACACAUUAAACACGCAUUAAACACACAAACACACAUUAAACACAAACAUUAAACACGCAUUGAACACACAUUUAACACACAUUAAACACGCAUUAAAUACACAAACAUUAAACACGUAUUAAACACACAAACACACAUUAAACAAACAUUAAACACAAAUUUAACACACAUUAAACACACAAACACAUUAAACACGCAUUAAACACACAAACACACAUUAAACACAAACAUUAAACACGCAUUGAACACACAUUUAACACACAUUAAACACGCAUUAAAUACACAAACAUUAAACACGUAUUAAACACACAAACACACAUUAAACACAUUAAACAUGGCUUAAUAGAGACAGUUUCAAACACAAAUCAGCUUCACUAUAACUCGCAGCAUUCACAGACAAACACUUGUCUUAAACUAAACACAUUUUCCCCUCAAAUACAACAUGCUAACGUUAUUAGCACAAGCCUAUGGCAUUUUACAUUGUAUAAAUUAGCCUGGCAGCUAGCAGAGAUUUCCUCUGCUCAUAUGAAGCCAGGAUAAAUCACACAAAAGACUUAAAAUACUAUUUUUGUGGAGGCUUUAUUGUCUCCACAAUUUGUUUCUUAUCUGUGAAAUAAAAAAAGGCUAAAUAAAAGCUUUGGUUUGAGCUUACAAAAUAGACAGGAGGUCUGCGUCACUGCGACAUGUAGUUACAUUUCUAGGGAUGUGCACGUAAGGCUACGGCGUAGACUCUGCAGAAGUAUAAAUCCAGCUUUCCCAUUGGCACCACACAGCUAACGUUACCCAACGGUUAUUAACGGGUUUAACGACAGAGUCGAGCUGUUUUGGUGUCGGUGUGAGUUUGUUGGGACUGUUAAAUUCCUUGGUGUUGAAUGUUAGCGGCUGCUGCUAUCAAUUGGUUUAAUGGACAAACCGAAGCCUGGUUGUUCGAUCAAUUAAUUUAAAAUUGUACUGAUUUUCCAUUGUGCGCCAAUCUACAUUCCUUUUGCAUCAGCCAGUAUAAUAAGAAGUUUUUCCACAACAGGCAGCUACAGAGAAACACUGAUUUUUAAUGGGAAACUUCAUUAUUCAGUGUUCUUACCGGUUAAAAUGAGACGGUCUGUUAGUUUUCGGGAGAAAGAGACCUCUGUGGAUAAUUCAGCUCCAGGUUAAAACUUCCUGAACUAUGAACACUGACUAACCAGGAGAAGUUUCAGCUGGUUGCAGUCUGCAGUCCUCACCACUAGAUGCCACUAAAUCCCCCUAAAUCUAACACACUGUUCCUUUAAACUCAACUGCAGGUAACAACACAGAAGUAUUAAAUUUGCCUUUUUAAAACUUUGACAUUUUUUCUGCUCUUUUCUUAAACAUCCAGCUCUGAUGUGGUGAUAAUGAAAUUAUCGUCACAUCAAGUUUUGUAAAUUGCAUGUUUACUAGUUCAAAAACGGUGGUGCUGAUUUUUUUUUUAUAACUUUGCCUUUAGAGCUGCUUUUGAAUCAGUCUUAUUUUUAUUGUACAUACUUUCUUCUAAAGCAUUACAUGCUGCUUGUUCUUGAUGAGAUUUUCUGUUUGUGCUCGUUUGUCAUGUUGUCGUCUUUUUAUUUUCAAUUCUUCUGGAAACGACGUGUGAAAAGCUCGCGCUGAUCAGAUUCUGAGUAAUAACGUCAGUGUUUGUCUUCUCAUGUCGUGUGAUCUGUCAGACUUUGCCGAUCAGGGUUUCACAUAACGUGACAUUUGAUGUGCCCUGCCUCUGAGUGAAGAGGGGGCGCUGCACAGGCGGAAACAAAACCUGCUGCCUCCUGAUUGGCACAAAUACAUCGUUUGACCGAUUUCCCAUCUUAUUAAAGAUGUUCAAAUGUUUUCUGAUCUCUGUAAAGGCCAAACAUCACUUCUCAACUUAACCAAGGUUAUGUUUGAAAAAUAAAAACAACUAAAGGUAAAACUACAGGAAGCCCACAGUUUGUACCAUAAAACUAAAUUUAUUUUCAGUAACUUGUUAAUUGAUUAUCACCUCAGCUGUUAGUGGUAAUAACCAAAUACCAAAGAGAGGCCACCCCUGUAUUUUCACUUUAAUUGAAAUGGUUAUAAAAAAUAAUAAGGCACCUUUUCAGAGAGAAAUAAAUGAAUGUUUCUGAUUUUAUUUGGGUAAUUGUAAGGAUUGUUAAAAUCCCAUUAAAACAUGUAAUUAUAUCAUAAUUAUCAGGUAAAUUAAAAGAGAUUUAAAGUAAAAAUGAAGAGAUGCAAUGGAAAAUCUGAGCAAACAUGUUGUUGCUGUUACACAUUUACACACACAUUUAGUCUUUACUGUAAAACUACAGGAUCAGUUGUAAUUUGGAUUCAUUCUUUUAAUAUCAGUCAUUGUCUCGUAUCAGUCGGUGGAUUUCUGACGUUGAACUUUAAUUUUUCUGUCCCUCUCUUUAAUUCUGUUGUGAUCUAUCAGUGUUGUGUUUGCUGCAUUUUUUUUUUUUUGCAUGUUUUACAAGUAUGACUUUUCUUUGUCUUUGUUUGGAUCAUAAAUACAGAAACAAACUG